AUGGCAGUGAUCGCCUGCUGGGGCGCUGGAUUAAAUCAGGUGGGCCGGAAGUUCCGAGUGCAGGGCCUGGGGCAGAGCACGUGCUGGGGCUGUCGUUACUUCCGUCUGGGUGGCCGAGGCGAGGCCGUCGGGCGCACGAGCAUCGCUAGGAUACACUUGUUGGGUGACAUUUCCACGCCCAUCUGCGACACGGCGGCGUUGGGCCAGGUCUCCGGAGGCCGCCUCGGGCCUGGCAGCCUGUGUGGAGGAAAUGGCCUGCAGGUGACCCCACUCACUGCCUUCCAUCCUUCUGCAGGGGAAAUUUGUGCGUUCAAGAUCCACGGCCAGGAGCUGCCCUUUGAGGCCGUGGUGCUCAACCAGACGUCGGGAGAGGGCCGGCUCCGCGCCCGGGGCGCCAUCGACUGCGAGCUGCAGAAGGAGUACACGUUCAUCAUCCAGGCCUACGACUGCGGCGCGGGGACCCGGGCGGCCGCCUGGAAGAAGUCGCACAAGGCGGUGGUCCACAUCCAGGUGAAGGACGUCAAUGAGUUUGCGCCCACCUUCAAAGAGCCGGCCUACAAGGCCGUGGUGACCGAGGGCAAGAUCUACGACAGCAUCCUGCAGGUGGAGGCCGUGGAUGAGGACUGCUCCCCCCAGUACAGCCAGAUCUGCAACUAUGAGAUUGUCACCACCGAUGUACCUUUUGCCAUCGACAGAAAUGGCAACAUCAGGAACACCGAGAAGCUGAGCUACGACAAGCAGCACCAGUACGAGAUCCUGGUGACGGCCUACGACUGCGGCCAGAAGCCGGCCGCUCAGGACACCCUGGUGCAGGUGGACGUGAAGCCCGUGUGCAAGCCCGGCUGGCAAGACUGGACCAAGAGAAUCGAGUACCAGCCCGGCUCGGGGAGCGUGCCGCUGUUUCCCAGCAUCCACCUGGAGACCUGCGACGGGGCCGUGUCCUCCAUCCAGAUCACCACGGAGCUGCAGACCAACUACAUCGGGAAGGGGUGUGACCGGGAGACCUACUCUGAAAAGUCCCUGCAGAAGUUAUGUGGAGCCUCCUCCGGCAUCAUCGACCUCUUGCCGUCCCCCAGCGCUGCCAUGAACUGGACGGCAGGACUGCUGGUGGACAGCAGCGAGAUGAUCUUCAAGUUUGACGGCAGGCAGGGUGCCAAGAUCCCUGAUGGGAUUGUGCCCAAGAACCUGACAGACCAGUUCACCAUCACCAUGUGGAUGAAACACGGCCCCAGCCCUGGCGUGAGAGCCGAGAAGGAAACCAUCCUCUGCAACUCAGAUAAAACCGAAAUGAACCGGCAUCACUACGCCCUGUACGUGCACAACUGCCGCCUGGUGUUCCUCCUGCGGAAGGACUUUGACCAGGCCGACACCUUCCGGCCCGCAGAGUUCCACUGGAAGCUGGACCAGAUUUGUGACAAAGAGUGGCAUUACUAUGUCAUCAAUGUGGAGUUUCCUGUGGUUACCUUAUACAUGGAUGGAGCAACAUAUGAACCAUACCUGGUGACCAACGACUGGCCCAUUCAUCCAUCUCACAUAGCCAUGCAACUUACGGUCGGCGCAUGCUGGCAAGGAGGAGAGGUCACCAAACCGCGGUUUGCCCAGUUCUUCCACGGCAGCCUGGCCAGUCUCACCAUCCGCCCUGGGAAAAUGGAGAGUCAGAAGGUGAUUUCCUGCCUGCAGGCCUGCAAGGAAGGGCUGGAUCUCAACUCCCUGGAAAGCCUCGGCCAAGGAAUAAAGUAUCACUUCAACCCCUCUCAGUCCGUGCUGGUGAUGGAAGGUGACGACAUCGGGAACAUCAACCAUGCGCUGCAGAAGGUCUCCUACAUCAACUCCAGGCAGUUCCCGACCGCAGGAGUGCGACGCCUCAAAGUCUCUUCCAAAGUCCAGUGCUUUGGAGAAGACGUGUGCAUCAGCAUCCCCGACCUGGACACCUACGUGAUGGUGCUGCAGGCCAUCGAGCCCCAGAUCACGCUCCGUGGCACUGACCGCUUCUGGAGACCCGCCGCCCAGUUCGCAAGUGCCAGAGGGGUGGUCCUCUUCCCCGACAUCAAGAUCGUGAGCACCUUCACCAAAGCCGAGGCCCCAGCCCCCAAAUCAGCAGUCUUAGAAGAAAUGCUCCACAACUUAGAUUUCUGUGACAUUCUGGUGCUGGGAGGGGACUUGGACCCCAGAGAGGAGUGCUUGGAGCUUAACCACAGUGAGCUCCACCAGCGACACCUCGAUGCCACCAACUCCACAGCGGGCUACUCCAUCUACGGUGUGGGCUCCAUGAGCCGCUACGAGCAGGUGCUGCGUCACGUCCGCUACCGCCACUGGCGCCCUGCCACCCUGGAGGCCCGGCGGUUCAGGAUCAAGUGCUCGGAGCUCAAUGGACGCUACAGCAGCAACGAGUUCAACCUGGAGGUCAGUGUCCUCCAUGAGGUCAGAGUCUCAGACGAGGAGCACGUCAACCACCUUAUCGUGCAGCCUCCCUUCCUGCAGUCCGUCCACCACCCCGAGUCCCGGGUCAGCGUCCAGCACAGUUCAGUGGUCCCCAGCAUCUCCACGGUGGUCAUCAUCAUCUCCGUGUGCAUGCUAGUGUUUGUGGUGGCCAUGGGUGUGUACCGGGCCCGGAUCGCCCACCAGCACUUCACCCAGGAGACCGAGGCUGCCAAGGAGGCCGAGAUGGAUUGGGAUGACUCUGCGCUCACUAUCACAGUCAACCCCAUGGAGAAGCACGAAGCGCCAGGGCGUGGCGAGGAUGAAACUGAGGAGGAGGAGGAGGAAGUGGAAGAAGACAUAAGCUCCAGCAGCAGCGACUCAGACGACAGCGACGAGGAGGAGGUGGAGGAGGGGACGGGCCGGGGCAGACAUGGGCAGAGUGGAGCCAGGCAAGCCCAGCUGGAGUGGGACGACUCCACCCUCCCCUACUAGUGCCCGCUGUCUGCGCCCACCCACCUGUCCCUUUUGUAAGCCACACCUGAUGUCUGUGAGUCUAUCACCAUCGCCUCUGAUUUUGAUGACUCUGGGCAGACCUUCCCCAGCCUCCCGGAACCUGCCUCUCAUGCCUUGGGCACCCCCGUGUCCCGGCCCUCGGCUGGUUCCAAGAAGCCCAGCAUCAUCCUCAGUGGGGACUUCAGGGUGGACUUUGUCCUGCGGUCCCCACUUCUUCUGCCCUGGGCUCCCCCAGCGUCCUGUCAGCCAGUCGCACGGUUCUGCCUUUGCUCUUCUCUGCAGGGCAGAAGGUCAGGUUUUAUUUCAGUCACCUCCCUGGGCUCCGUGUCCCCAAGGCCCUUGGGUUCCAACUCACGGUGUGUGCACCUGACUCAGUCGUCUCUCCUCACAGACCAGCAGGUUCUCCUUACCUGACGCCAGGUGGCUUCUUUCAGGCAGGGUGGCUGGACUUCACACACCUGAGAUCUGGUCCUCAACUCUAAAGGCAAGGCCUUGUUGAGGCCAAAUCAAGUUCACAGGGAGAGGUUCACACACUCAUGUACGCAUGCACACACUCCCCAGAUUGGAGAGCCUUUCCCUUUGACCUUUCUGAGGCAAUAGAAGCUUAUAUGAAAAGUCCAAAACCCGAACCACAGCAGGACCUGGUCCCCAGCCAAAGCUACAGGAGUCUACCUGCCUGAGCAGCCGCUGAGACCCACAUGGCUUCCCUGUGGGGGGCUCCUGCCCCAUGAAGCCACUGGACCCAGGAACACUCCACACAGGCACUGCCCCGGGCGACAGCUGCAAAAGGCCUGCAGCCACAGGUCAGAAGGAAGGGCUGAUGAGGAGACACUGCUGGGCUUCAUGGUGGGCGCAGAUCUGGGACACAGGGUGGCCCGGUCCACCCAGGCCAGAGGGCAGCCCCGGGGGACAAGGCUCUCGCCACCUGGUCUUACGAUCCAGUCCCCUAUUUCACGCUGGUUUGCCUCUGAAGGAAAUGCAUCCCUCUUAGAUGUAUUAGAACAAGUGUGAACGGCAUCAAGUCUAAAAUGAAAGUUUGCAAAUUUAACUGCUGGGAAUUAGACACAUUGGUGAUAACAGCUGCUGCUUUUUUCUCAUAAAAGGAACAACACUUUGGGUGGAGGGCAAAUAUAUCUGAAACCAAAUUUAUUUAUUUCUUCUUUUUUUUAAUAAGGAAAUCUUUUCCAUCUCCUUCCUAACAUGGACACCUCAUGGGGAGAAUUGUUGCUAUAGUAACCGGUCUGCAAUCUUUGGUGGCCAAGAGAAUAGCAGGCGAGAAUUAGGGGCGUUAUCAGACUUCCAGGUGGCUCGGACGUCUCAGGCUUUGUCCUCAGCGUGUGUGAUCUGUCCCUGUCUUCCCAGUCUCCUCCAUCCCAUUUCAUUUUGGCUCAACGCAGGCACGGAGCUGGUCCCUAGCUACAGUGGCAUUCAGAUUCAAAAGAAAGUUCAGAAUCUGUUCAUUCUAGCCCCCGUGUCAUCGAAACAGAGCUUAUAAAGGGACCACUGUCAAUGUCCUCUAGUCUGACCUUCACCCAGUGAGGACCCACGAUAAGCCUUUGCAGCCUCCUGAGUCCAGAAAACUACCUUAUGCAGCUCUUUCUGUCGCCUACAGUGUUUGUUGCAUCUGUUCCUUCCUUUGAGCCGCACAGUGAGCCCGUGAGGUAGCUGGAACAUCUGUUGUCAGGCACAUUCCAGUAUGAGUAAACUGAGGUUCAGAGAUUCAAACAUCUUGCUCAGAGUAAAUCGGAGAGAGAGUCAAGACUGGACUUCCCGCUUGCCACGCCUGGUCCAGUGCCCACCACCCCGAUUCUACGCAUGUUCAUGUUUAUGCAGCUAAUGCAGGGGACCUACUAUGUGCCAAGCGCUCACCCAGAAGCUGUGGGGAGGGAAUGAGGGUGCAUAAGAUAAGCCUCUCCCCUAGAGGACGUGACGGUUUCAGAGCAAAACAAAGGGGCAUGGACAUGAUACGAGGGACAAGUACAGAGAGAGGGAGAGAAGUCACAGGAAGGAGAGGGACACGGCCACAAACUCAACCAGUGCUCUUAUUUCCCUCCUCAGGGAACAAUGCUGGCAGACAUUGGGGUUUUCUAUUCACUGAUGGAGACAGACACCUGUGUGACUUCUCCCAUCCAGGCAGCCCUUCCCUCCCUGCUGCGUCUGCACGUCCACAAGGAGAAAAUCCACAGGACUGUGGUCCCACAAUCCCCUCGUCUCCGAUGGCUCGUCCCCCAUUCGUGGCUGAGGGAGCAGCUGGGGUGUGUCAGAUCUUCCCGUGGUUGUGCGGAGGGAGCACGUGAAAGCGGCGCUUGGCGAGGGCAGCAGAGCUGGGCCUGGAUUAUAUGCAGAGAAACAACGGGCCGGGUCGUCAGAGCCCUCUGCCAACCCCUGCCGGGAAGGGUCGCACUGCAUGCCAGUUCAGAGAGGAGGCACUUGAAAUGGUGCUGCUGGGUCAAUGUUCCCAACGCCCUGCUCAUCACCAUGGUGGGACCAGGGAGGGUGGUUAUGUAAAAGUAACAGGCGCUUCAGGGAUCGCCCAGGUGAGCGGUGAGUCAGGGCACUCGCCCUCCACCAGAUGUUCUACCACAGGUGGAAAAGGUCAUGAAUCAGCCCAGCAUGUUCCAGGCUCCAUGUGCUGGCAUCUGGGAGUCAAACUCCCCGAUGACCUGGCCACACUGUGACCUCUCAUCCAGAUGUCAACAGUGGCAGAUGCAGACUUGAGCCCAGGGGGAACAGCUGACCGGUGCGGCCAGAGGCCAGACCGUUGCUUGUCUUUCCGAGUGCACGGUCAGACCCUGCUCUCAGGACCUUGAAAACAUAGGCUGACACCUCUCCAGUGACGCGGGUGACAGGGAGGAGGGGGAAGAAGAGGUUGAGUCGGAAAGGCCAGCACAGAAGGAGCUGCCCUAGUGGAGUAAAGCAAUCAACGAGCUGGCCGCCUUCUUAAAGAAUGCUAAAAGCAUAUUCUCGUAGGUGUAAUCAAAUGCUAAAAAUCUGACCAAAGCCCCAAUCCAUCUAGAUACAAAAUGUGACUUCAGUGAGACCUCUUUCACUACCGCCGUCCUGAACGUGCUCAGCGCUGUCCAGCAGGCUCAGGCCACAAACCUCUGCACGUAGCGAGGCCUGUACAUGGUGGAUACGGGCCCUGCGGGGAGAGGCCCCCGUGGGAAGCAGCGCUCUUCAGGCCUGUGCACACGGCAGGGCUCAGCAAACCUUCCUGCAAAGAGCCGAUAGUAAAUAUUUGGGGCUUUGCAGGCCUAUGGUCUCCGCCGCAAGCAUUCCGCUGUGUCCUUGCAGCACAGAACCAGCCACAGACGUUACUUACACCCAUGAACAUGGCUACACUCCAAAAUAACUUUAUUUAUGAACACUCCAAACACCAAAUUUGAAUUCAUAUUCUUUUCACAUGUCAUGAAACUUUAUUACUCUUUCGAUUGUGAUUUUCAACCAUUUAAAUGGGGAAAACUUCCUGAGCCCAGGGGCCAUGUAAAAAGUGCCAGCCAGCCAGACGUGGCCCUGGGUCAUAGUUUGCACACUCCUACCCUGUGUGCGUGGAAAGCAACCCUCUGUCUGCUCAGAGAAAGCAAAUCUCUUUCUUAGACCCUCCCUUCAACUACCCAGAUGCCUUUGUCUCCAAAAUGAACAACAGACACCACCACAGUCUUUAAUUCAGCUGUUUUAAAAGUCUGUGUUCGGAGGAAAACAAAAGCAAAAAACACUCGUUACUUGUUGAGCUGACUCAAAUGCAGGCGAGCAUUUGAGACGAAGGCCCUGGGUCCAAGCACUGACUGGCCCUGAGCAGAACCCACUGAGCUGAGGGCCAACUCCCAGGCGUCUCUGCACGACUCAGCAGAUCCGAUCCUGAUUUCUAAGCAGGCGUGUUCAUUAUCUCAGACUGAUUUCCAUUUCAGCCAGCUCAUGCCUUCACUCUAAAAAUGAUUCUAAACACUUGUGACUGUUUGAAUCAAUAGUGAUGUAAUCAGUAGAAAGCCCGACCCAGCACACUUCAAAAUAACAGUCUUCUUGGCUUGAUGGUUCAAUAUUAGCAAGAGGCAGAAAACGAGGACUUCUGCUUAACCAUCUCUCAUUUAAAUUAACCACACCACUUUUUCAAAACAGUGAGGGAGCGGGUCUAAUUCUUUGAAAGAAGUGACCAGUGCAGAGUAGAUGCUUUUUAGGUAAGAUCCCUCUCGGGCCUUCGGGAGAUGCUCCAAGCCUCCUGCAGUGCACUCUGGUGGGCUUACUGAUGGUACACGGUUCUCUAUCCGCAUCCGACAUUUAUCGAGGCUGACAAGCCAAAGCCCAUGGCACAAUUUAAUUUUCAUGUGACCAUUUUCCCUUGUCCAGCCGCAGGCAAAGGAAAUGAGCAAUGAACGUUUUGAAGUCUGCCCCAGCACCUUCAGCUCCCUGUCUCUAUUUGCUUUCCUUUAUAGAUUUAUUCUGCACCUGCUUUGUAGCUCUUGCUCUAGUUUUCCUUUCGGCGCCAGCUGGAAAGGAGAGUUGGCUUUCCGGGGGCUGUGGAUUCGAAGCCAGUUUGACUAUGCCAGGGACACAAGAAGAGACAGAAGUCACCUCCGCCAGCCCCUCAGAGCUAGCCGACAUUGCCUGUGUGCCUUCAGUGCUGGGUUCUGUUUGCAGCUUUGUUCCAUGUCAUGAAGCAAAUUCUCGCUGAGCACCCGUUGUGUGCCAGGCCCGGUGCCAGGAACCAGGGAAGGGAGGAAGAGUAGGACCUCCCUGCCCAUGGCCUUUCGCGCUCUGCAGAGUUAGAUGCUGUCCAUGAGGAGUCAGGACACUGGGGACAGAAGCUGAGGGUUGGGCAAGGUGGGAUAACUUGCUGCGGCCAUUCUCCACCCUGUCGGGGGGUCGGUGUAAUUCUGGGAGCCCUGACUCACGUCCUGGGCCGGCUGAGGUGUCUCCGGGAAGCCGGCCACGCUUCCCUCUGUUUCUCAAUUCCGCCCGGUCUGACAGGCCACCUGCAGAUGAGCACCGGUCAUCCUGCCCACUGGGCCAGAGGGAGUUCUGAAGGUCAACAGCAGGCAGCCAGACCUCGGAAGUUAAGAAGAGCGACCCAGGUACAGGGAUAGCCUGAGCCCAGGCCCAAGGCCAUGCAGCAGCCUGAGGCGGAGGAGCCCCUCGAAGACCCCACGUCGUCGCUGGAGAGGGGAAAGGACCAGACUCCCGAGGCCUGCUGAGGGUCCACACCUGACCCUGGGGAGCAGCGGUUCUCGAGGUGCAGGUCUGCACUAGCAGCCUCCUCAUCCCGACAUCGAGUGAGCGAUGCAAAUUCCCAGGCCGCACCCAAGACCUACCGCGCCAGACACUCCGGGGUGGGCCCAGCCACCCAUGUGUUAGUGAGCUCUCCGACCCUAAUGCCCACUAAGGUUUGAGAACCAUGAGGAGACUGACUUGAGCUGGCUUUGGGAAGAGAUGACUGUUAGCAAGAUAAAAUAAUCAACCACUAGCGUAGUGAGGAGAGGGGCCCGCCAGGCCCCAGUCCUCGCUCCCUGAGGCAGUGGGCUCAGAGAACCCUGGUCCUAGCCCCUAGGGCAGGACCCAUUCCUGCAGGCCUGGCCCCUUUCAUCCUGGAGAGGCUGUAUUGAGGUCACCCAUCCCUAGGAGCCUCCAUCCAGGUCCCUGCUCAAAGGCUGUUCUUUAGGGGAAAACAGUGACACCGCAGCAAUGACCCUGCAUCACCAGGAGAACCAGCCUCGGUGCGGGCGGAGACACGGGGCCUGGCAGACGGUGGACGUGGUCACAGAAGGACACUGCAGGUGCGUGCAGCGCUGCUCCUGGGGGAUAGGACUGGGACACACAGCGGCAUAAUCCGGCACUAAAUCAGAUGGGAAAUAAUGGCUUUUCUUGGAAGAGCAGUAACUCUUUCUGGAUGUUACUGAAAGCAGAUAACAAAAAUCAAAAACAAUCAUGCAACCUUCCCUACAGACCAUCUGUCUUGGCCCUUGCAUUUCUAAGACCAAUGCUCUUUUUCCCAUUGCCAGAUGCCUGAGGUCCACCAAUUAUUGAUUUAGUUUUUUUAUUUACGACUUGAACUACGAAGACCCACAAACCUUUGGGAGGACUGGUCGGCGCUCUAUCCGUUAUUAACAACUAACUUGGGUGUAGAAGCUUCCUCAGAUGAGGAUUUCUGAGACUGGGAGUCAGAGGACGGGGGUGCUGGGCCUCGG